AUGGAAACAGAGAACGACACAGUGAUACCAGAAUUUCUCAUUGUGGGCCUCUCAGAUAAUCCUGAACUGCAGCCCAUUAUCUUUGGACUGUUCCUGUCCAUGUACCUGGUCACAGUGCUUGGGAACCUGCUCAUCAUCCUGGCUGUCAGUUCUAGCUCCCACCUCCACACUCCCAUGUACUUCUUCCUCUCCAACUUGUCUUUUAUUGACAUCUGUUUCGUCUCAACUACAAUGCCAAAGAUGCUGGUGAACAUGCAUUCACAGAGAAAAGGCAUCUCUUACAGAGAAUGCCUUACACAGGUAUAUUUUUUUAAUACUCUAGUUGGAAUGGAUAAUUUUUUACUUACUUUAAUGGCCUAUGAUCGCUUUGUAGCUAUCUGUCAUCCCCUCCACUACACUGUUAUCAUGAGUCCUUGGGUAUGUACACUUCUGGUCCUGAUAUUUUGGAUCAUCAUGUUCUGGGUCUCCCUGACUCAUAUCCUAUUGCUGAAUGAAUUGAAAUUUUCCAGAGGAACUGAAAUCCCACAUUUCUUCUGUGAACUGGCACAAGUUAUCAAGGUAGCCAACUCUGAUACUCACGUCAUUAAUGUCUUUAUGUAUGUGCUGACUUCCCUAUUAGGUGUGAUUCCUAUGAUAGGUAUCAUUAUGUCUUAUUCACAGAUUAUCUCAUCCUUGUUAAGGAUGUCCUCUACUGUGAGUAAGUACAAAGCCUUUUCCACCUGUGGGUCUCACCUCUGUGUGGUCUCCUUGUUCUAUGGGUCAGGACUUGGAGUUUACUUCAGCUCCUCUGUUUCUCAUUCUCAGAGAAGAAUGAUUGCCUCAUUGAUGUAUACUGUGAUCAGUCCCAUGCUGAACCCAUUCAUAUAUUGCCUGAGAAACAAGGAUGUGAAGGAUGCUCUUGGAGAACUAGUCAACAGAGUUGUCUCGUGUCCAUCCAUACUGAGAACUCUAAGACAAAUUUUAUGA